AGCAUAAACCACAGAAGUAAUGACAACACUGCCUUAGCAACAGGUGGAGGAAAGGGCACACUUUAAUGAUUUAGAGGGAUUCGGAGACCCGCUUUCAAGAAAUUAACAAGCAUUGGCCUUUUAGAGAUAUUUUCUGCAGAAAACGACACUCCAACCAACUUUGCCGUUGGUUUGAAAGAGACGUGUCUUCUUACCUGCUUCUCUUAAAGGAUUCUGGUUUUGGAUUUCCUGUUGCCAAGCACAGGCAUCUUACUUUAUUGUGUUUGUCGGAGCUCCAUCUUGAACAGCUGUCAAAACAGGUUUAAGAAUGGAUCAGAAUUUCGACGACUUCCUGAAAGAAGCAUUUACCACUGAUGCAUUUUUGAGCACAGACGAUGUGUAUGACAAAACAAGCUUGGAUGAGGAAUACGAUUUCCAAAGACGUCCAUCAUUUAUGGAUCAAGUGAAGGAGACUGAAAACGAUGAAGAUCCGGCAGGACCUGAGAGGCAAACGGAAGACGAGAUGGACGAUUCAUCCAAUACUAAUCGACAGAAGGCUGAGCCGUUUAGGGAUUUAGAAAUCGCAGAGGUUGAAGGAGAAAGUGGAGGAGAGAGUUGUGGGGAUGACAACGAGGAAGACUUCCAAAGGGAAGAGAAAAGUCCAGGUCUCCUGGAAGAAGAUUAUGUUGAGGAUCAUCUGGAGAAGAAUGACCCCCCUGUUUCAGAAGAAGGGGGGCUAGGAGAAGAUUACAAGGAACAAGCUGAGGAAGAUUUAGGAGCAGUACAGGGUACAGGACGUUUAUCAGAGGAGGAGGACUUAGAAGUUAGUGGAAAUGACAAGGAAGAUCAAGGUCAUUUUGAAGGAGCUUUAAGAGCGUUAAGAGGAGAAGAUGGACUGGAAGAGAGCUCAGAUGAAGACCAAGGUGUGUGUCUAGAUGAGGAAAAGUGGGAAAGAAUCUCCAAGGACCAAUUUUCAAGGAUGGAAGGAGGUUGGGAUGUUAAUUUACUUUGCAGCAAAGAAGUAGGGGAAGAAUUGAAUGCUGUCCAAUAUGAAAGUGAUGGUGUCGAUACUGAUGAGGACUUGGGUGUUGAAGAUGAAGAUCUAGUUGGUCACGUUUUGGAUGUGCACCUAGAAGAGGGAGAACACUUGCAAGUCAGAUCGGAGGAAGACCUGGAAGAAACUUACCAAGAAGUGGCACAGCAGCUUUUUGCCAGCUGGGAGGGGGCGGGAACAGAGGACUUAGCGAAUUACCACCUGGAAGAUGACAUCCUGCAGGUCAUACCUGAAGAGCUUGAACCAGACUCUUUGAAAGACCUAGAUGGGAUAUAUGAAAAAGCAGAAGAAGAAGCAGAAGAAGAAGAAGAAGAAGAAGAAGAAGAAGAAGAAGAAGAAGAAGAAGAGAAUGACUUGGAUGUUGAGGAGCAUGUAGACUGGCAACAAAUUAUGGAAUCCCACCUUAAAGAAGAUCUGAUACCUGAGGAAGUCCUUGAAGAGUCGUACCAAGAAGCGGAUCAAGAAGAAAUGCAGCACAGACAAGAAGAAGAAGAAGAAGAAGAAGAAGAAGAAGAAGAAGAAGAAGCAGAUACCUUUAAUGCAGAGGCUUUGUCAAAGUGGGAUAAAACCGGAAUGGAGCUUUCUAUAAGGGAGUCAGAGGGUAGGAGCCUGGGAGAUGAGGCAGAUGAGAAUGAAAGUCCACCACCAGGCCAUUUUGACGGAGCAGAAGGGGAGCCAGAGCUGUACAGAAAUGAAGAGUUGUGUCCGGAUGACCCAACGGUCAAAGAGCUGAACUUCAUAGCCAAGGAAAUGCCACCGAAAGGAGUGGAGUUUUCAAUGAAGGAAGCGUCAAAAGAUCUUCCCUACAAGGAGCUUCAAGAGAUACCGGAGAAGUACAUUGAAUGCAUAGCUAAGGAAGAGAAGAGACCAGACUCUGGAGAUGAGGAUAAAGAGGUCCUCCCAAGGAGCUGUCCAAAGGUGGAGAUCCAAGUCAUUGGCUGCAGCGAUGAAGAAACCGAAAGUCCUGAAUUUGAGAGCCUGGAGUUGACAACAGUUAAGGACGAGAAAGAGAUUGAGCUACCGCAAAAGGACACGGAGAACUCGGACGAUGAGGAUUCAGUUCAGACAGAAUCCGAGGAUGGAGUUCUGGAGAACUUCACAGAAGAUCCACACUGUUCCACGGUGUUCACCCAUGGGUCGGUGGGACCUUUGGAGCUACAAGAAGAUGUUAUGAGGGUCACAGAUGGUGAGGGUCAGAAGAAGGAAGAUCUAGAAGGAUUGGGAAUUGUGGAGUCUUACCAGUUGUAUGAUGAAAUGUUGACAAGCCAGGAGAACACAGAGAUGUGGAGCCAGGAACAAGGUCCUUCCAAAGGUAAAAAGCAUGCCGUCCAUUUUUGCUUGGAUCCUGUCAUUAUACAGCCUGAGACACACAGCAGCGACUCAGAUUCAGAAAGCAGCACUCCGGAUCCAAGCGUAACACCGCGGGAAUAUUUGGUCCAGGCCGAAAAAAAUAUAUAUCCGGAGAAAAAUCUGGAGCUGGAAGACCUUGGGGAUGAGAUCGAAACGGAUGAUUUUCCCGAGAGAUGCUCCCUGCUUCUGCAGCAGAGCCACGUGACACAAGAGGCCCUCAACGUCUUCACGAAGGAUCUGAGGGAACAGCGAAGGAGCAACAAGGGUUCCAGCCCCUUGCUGACGUUCGUACGGAUUUUUCUGGUAAUCCCGUUGGGAAUUCUGCUGUUCUGGUGGGCGACCGAGCAAUUGGACUUCCCAGAUCUUCUGGACAUCAGUGACCUCAAAUGACCGGGGUCACAGUCAGGCAGCCAUAGCAACAUGUACAGUUAAUCUCAGAAUUAUAGCUAUGACCAAAAGUGUUGCAUCACUUAGAAUUUUAGGAUUGAGACAUUAAUUUAAAAAAAAAACAAAAAAAAACGAUA